AUGAAUAUAUUCGGAUCUAAAGUAUAUUAUAAGGAUAAAGGAAAGCAGAGAGGAAAAUUUGAAUCAAGUUCACAGUCAGGAAUUUUUGUGGGUUAUGAUAGUCAAUCCAAAGCCUAUAGAAUACAUGACCCUACAACAAGAAAAAUUGUUAUUACUCGUGAUGUGAAGUUCUUGAAUGAAGUAUUUUUUAAACAUGAAUACAAAGAGACACUUGAUGAAGAAGAAAGUAUAGAUAGUGAACAAAUGAAUAUAGAAUUGAAUGACCCUGUUUCAGAUAAUAGAACGAAGAGUGAAGACCAAAAAAUACUAAGAGUAAAGAGAAAUAGAGUUAGAACUAGAAGGUCACUUGAAAGAGUAGACGAGUCAGAUUUUGAUAGAAAUAGAAGACAUGUUGAUAGAAAAAGAAUCGCAACUGUUUCAUGGGAAGAAUUAAUAGAACCCCCUAAAAGAGGAAGAGGAAGGCCUCGCCUAAUCCUUACUGGCAUGGCGGGCAGACCACGAAAAAUUUAUAAUUCAUCUCAAGAAAAUAGCGAUAGUGAGAAUGAAUAUGAAGAUAGAGAUGAACAAUUAAGUGCAGGGAUAGCAACGAUAGAACCAAUGACAUGGAAUGAAAUAGAAAAUAGUGAUGACAUAAAAGCAUGGCAAAUUACCCUUGAAGAUGAGAUCCUAGCACAACUAAAAAAUAAAACAUGGGAAAUUGUACCACGACCGAAACAGAGAAAAGUUAUUGGAAGUCGACUUGUUCUUAGUACUAAAAGUACAGGCAAGAAAGUACGUCUUGUCGCAAAAGGAUGUUCUCAACGACCAGGGGAGGAUUUUCACGAAACUUCGUCGCCUGUAGUAAGGACUUCAUCAAUAAGACUCAUUGCUGCUUUGUCAGCUGAACUAGGACUAGAGAUCCACCAGAUGGACGUUGUAACAGCUUACCUAAAUGGUUCACUUGAAGAAGAGGUUUACAUGGAGGUGCCUGACCAACUUAGCGAUGUAUUGGAGAGAGUACUCGCUAAUGAGAAAGUUGGAUCACAGAAAAGAACAGUGACAGAGAAGAAUAUACUGAAGACAGCUAAAAAUUGGAAUGAAGCUUUGAAUGAAUGUGUUAAUAGUGUAUGUUUGUUGAAAAAGUCUCUGUAUGGUUUGCGUCAGUCUGGAUUGCAGUGGCAUAAAGAACUAGUGAGAAAAUUAAUGGAUUGUGGUUUUGAAGGGUUGCAGCAGGAUCCGUGUGUAUUUGUUGCAGAAAAGGAAAGACCUCUGGAUAUAAAUAUAAAUGUCACACGAAUAACCAGCAACGAAUACUCUGAACGAGCUUUGGUUCAGGAAAAUAAAUGUCCAGAGUAA